UCUAGCAAAAAUCCAAGAUGUAUACGUUUGCAAGCUGUCAAAUUGUUUUCAUUUUUUUUGCCCAUGCUUUGAGACAACAUCUUGUCAUCUAUAGUCACAAAGAGGACAUUCAGCGAUAUAGUUUUCUGAUUACAAGUAUUUGAAAAGUUUUGCAACAUUUUUGAAUGGAACAUUAAUGUAGAAAGAAAAAAGAGCGUAUAUAUAUAUAUACAUAGAGAGAGAGAGAGAGAGAAAGAGAAUCAACAAAAAAGAGAUACUUUGUAUUCUAAGGCCUGAUUUCUUCAUAUCUCCCGAUAACUAUUCUCCGGAUAAAGAUAACAAAAAGAUAACAAAAAGAUAUACUUUAUCUUUUAGAUAAAGUUAUCGAGAACUUAUCAGAGGUGAAGAAAUUGGACAUAAUAGGCAAAAGAGCAAAAUAAAAGAACAUGUGAUUUUUGUGUGACUUUGAAACGUUGUUGUGUUUUAAUUGUUUUACUCUUUUCUAUUUAUUUCCUUACCUAUAUAUUAGUUUUAUGACAGAGGAAAUGUAUCCAACUUAAAGUUACAUAAUGGUUGUGUUCAGCUGAGCAUAUGAAGAGAACAGGAUGGGUGAAAAGAAACAUACCAGAGCCUGAGACAAUUGCUGGACAUAUGUAUCGAAUGGCGAUGCUAUCUUUUCUGGUAGAUGGAAAAGAAAAUUUAGAUAAAACAAAAAUAAUGCAAAUGACAUUAAUUCACGAUUUGGCAGAAUGCAUUGUUGGUGAUAUAACACCUUUUUGUGGCAUACCACCAGAUGUGAAACACAGAAUGGAAGAUGAAGCUAUGGAAGAUAUUUGUAAACUGCUGGGUGACAAGGGACCUGAAAUAUUGCAAAUAUUUCGUGAAUAUGAAAAACAAGAGUCUCCUGAGGCACAGUAUGUAAAAGAUUUAGACAGAUUAGAUCUGCUGAUGCAAGCGUACGAAUAUGAAAAAAGGGACAACAUUCCAGGAGAAUUGGAUGAAUUUUUUGUCGCAACUAAUGGUAAAAUUAGACAUCCCUUUAUUAAUAAAAUCGCUGUUGACAUAACGGAGGAGAGGGACAAGUUGUGUCGCAAUUCAAACGUUGCGCAAUAACAGAAGCUGUGGUCCAAAACUGUGAUCGCAAACCUGAAAGAGCAAGCUUUCAGAUAGCUCAAGUGAUAUUUCCAACGUUAGAUUGAUUACUAUGUCAUAUAAAGUUUCAAGGUAUUACGCAUAAACAAUUAAUGGCUAUUAAUAUAUUAAUAUACUUGUAACAAAACAUGAGAUUUUCAUAGAUAAUAUGUCAAAACACCAGAUCUAGUGAUGGAUAUAUUACUUAGAUACAAUAGAUGCGUAUAUAUAUUUAUAUAU